UGCAGUUGGCCCCAAGAACGCCGCGAGACAUUCAAUAAAUCGUCAUCUCAGUGCCGUUGAAUCCUUACAAAAAAAUAUAUAAAUACAAAUAAAAAUGAAAUCUAUCUUCCUAUUACUGGCUUUACUGGCACUCACAGCCAUUUGUCCAGCGAAUGUGCUGCAAUGUUACGAGUGCAUUGGAGAUGAUUGCGAUGAUUUGAACGAAUCAUUGUUGGUUGAAUGCAGCGUGGAUAAUACGCCGUCCACCACAGAAAGUCCCGCAUCAGGUACGUCCUCAGCUGUCACAGAUCAUACGAGCGUAAGCUCUUCGGAUGAUGAUCGCAGUUCGACGACGACGCCAACAGUCACAACAGAUGGGAGCUCAAUUGGUCCAGGUUCAAGCGAUUCUACAAGCGGAUCUACAGAAACUUCGUCUCUAACGUCUACCACAGAUGACAGCUCAAUUAGUCAAGACUCAACCGAUUCUACAGAAUCUUCGCCUUUAACUUCUACCACAGAUGAGAGCUCAAUUAGUCCAGGCUCAAGCGAUUCUACAAGCGGAUCUACAGAAACUUCGCCUCUAACGUCUACCACAGAUGACAGCUCAAUUAGUCCAGGCUCAACCGAUUCCACCACAGAUGAGAGCACGGUUGGGAGUUCAUCUAGUCCCAGCUCAACAGAAUCUUCAACCGGUUCUGCAGAAUCUUCUUCUACCGCAGCCACCACAGAUGAAACCACAAAUGAGAGCGCGAGUAGUGAAAGAUCCACAGACAUAACGUCUAGUCCAACCACAACUGAAAUAUCGAGUCCAUCGUCCACCACCGUGGCAAGUACCGACCUGUCCUCAACCACAGAGGCGAGCUCUAGUCGUAGCACAAAUGUAGCUGCGACUGGCAGCUCCACCGCAACCACCGAUGAUAGCUCAAUCAGCUCAGCGUCAACCACCACCACAGAACCAACAGAGGCAAAAAGCUCUCUGCUUGCCCGUGCAUCGCAGCAGCUCAUUCGAAACUAUCGCUCCAUAGAGCGUUAUGGUCGCGCCGCCUCUGAAUAUCGCUCAGCCGCAUGUUAUACCCUGAAUGUGGGCGGCGUUAUACAUCGAGGUUGCGUUCGUAUACCGCAGGACUGGACUUCAUCCGUGUGUGCGGCUGUAGAGCAACAGAUCGACGUAUCUGACAAUACAGACACUGAUGACUGCACAUACUGUUUGAUGGAUCGCUGCAACAGCAGCGCCAGCUUACGCGUAUCGCUAAUGGCAGUGCUCCUGAUCUGCACACUAAAGUACCUUUUUUAGAGGCUUUAUGGAAGGCAAUUGUUCUAUUGAAUUGUUAACGAACUAUCACUUUAAAGUAUUUAAAGAGAUCGGAGUAAUAUGGUACAGAAGAAACAUGUUUAUUCUGCUCUUAACCAUUUCCAAUUUUAAGUUAAGACACCAGUAGAGUAGACUUUCAAAUCAUGUUGAAUGUAUUUGUACAUUGUAAAUAAAUGAACUCAUAUAUUACCUGUUGUAAA